AUGGCAACAGUUAUACACAAGAAGACCACUUUUGUGGUGCUCCUUUUGCAUUGCUAUCUUUCCUUGGCUACUCUAACAUACAUGUUUGCAUAUGCGGGUGGCAAUCCAAAUAUGCUUUGCAGAAAAGGUGAAAGAGAUGCCCUCCUCACUUUCAAACAAGGUAUCGAUGAUCCUUUCAAUUCACUCUCAUCUUGGAUUGGCCAGGAGUGUUGCACGUGGAAAGGAAUUGGCUGUCACAACAUAACUGGGCAUGUCGUCCACCUAAAUCUCAGAAAUCUAAUGUUGGAUGGGCUGAUAAUCGAUUCCCUACGGGAAUUAAAGCAUCUUCACUAUUUGGAUUUAAGUCUGAAUGGUUUUUCAAAUGAUCAUUUUCCAAGCUUCUUUGGUUAUCUUCAGAAUUUGAGAUAUCUAAAUUUAUCAUAUACGGAUUUCAAGGGUAAAAUUCCUCAUCAGUUGGCAAAUCUCUCUAACUUGCAUUCUCUUGACAUUCAAGGUAAUUACAACAUGCAAGUUGACAAUCUUGAAUGGCUAUCUCAUCUUUCUCUGUUGGAAUUCCUCGACAUGAGUAGCGUCAACCUUAGUAAAGCAUCUAACUGGUUACAGGUGAUGAACAUGCUCCCUUCUCUAUCAGAGUUACACUUGUCUUCUUGUGAACUUGAUAAGUAUGAUCCAAUUCCUUACGUUAACUUUUCAUCUCUCACUGUGCUCGAUCUUUCAUACAAUUACUUUGUUAAUUCAACGUUUGACUGGAUUAAUAGUCUUACAUCUUUUGUUACACUUGAUUUAAAAUCCACUGAGAUCAAGGUUCCACUGCUUGGAGUUGCUACAUUCCGGAACCUGUCUAGUCUUAAAAAUCUACAUCUUAGUGGUAACAACUUAUCUGGCACAAUACCUAAAUGGUUAUAUAAUAUGACCACUCUUGAAAGACUUGAUCUUUCAUAUAAUAAUAUUCAAGGUGUACUUCCUAAAGCUAUUGGAUGUGUUUCACAGCUGAUGCUUCUUGACCUGUCACACAAUGAUCUUGAAGGAAAAAUACCAAGAUUCUUGGGAAAUCUGUGUAAUCUGCAACAUUUGGAUUUAUCUGAGAACAAACUUGGGGGAGGUUUGUAUGACCUUUUAGGAAAUUCUUCUUCAUGCACAACAAAAAAUUUGGAAUUUUUAGAUUUAAGUGGGAAUCGACUUUUAGGUACUUUGCCUGAUCAUCUAGGGAAGCAUAAAAAUCUCUGUGUUCUUUCACUUGGCAAAAAUAUGCUUUCUGGUCCGAUUCCCGUGUCUCUAGGAAAACUGUCUUCAUUGAGGAAGCUUUUGGUCAACGACAAUCAAUUGAAUGGAACAAUUCCUGUAAGUCUAGGGUAUCUUUCAAAUCUUGAAGUGUUAGACAUCUCUUCCAAUUUUUUAGAGGGUUUUGUUUCCGAAGAGCAUUUUUCCAACCUUACAAAAUUGAGAAAUCUCCAUGCUUCUUGGAACUCGUUGACUUUGCAAGUAAGCACUAAGUGGGUUCCUCCAUUUCAACUUCAAACUUUGAGGCUGGCAUCAUGGGCAUUAGGGCCAAAAUUCCCUACAUGGCUUCAAUCACAAGAAGAUCUUCGAGCACUAGAUUUCUCAGAUGCAAGUAUUUCGGAUGUCAUCCCUUCUUGGUUUUGGAGCCUUUGUUCCCAAAUCGAUUUGCUGGAUCUUUCUCAAAACCAACUCCGUGGCAAUAUUUCAAGUUUAUAUUGUGGAGACUAUAUCUAUCUUGGUUCAAACAACUUUUCUGGCCCCCUCCCCAAUGUCUCUUCUGGCAUUGUAUGUUUAGAUCUUUCUAAUAAUUCAUUUCAUGGAUCUCUUUCUCCCCUCAUUUGUGAACAGAACUCUAUAUUGGAUGGAUUUUCGCUUGAAGGUCUUGAUUUGUCCAAAAAUCUUUUAUCUGGAGAACUUCCUGACUGUUGGAUGGACUAUUCUGAGUUAAUAGUGUUAAACUUGGGAAGCAAUAAGCUAACAGGAAAUAUACCAAGUUCCAUAGGUUCUCUAUCUAGACUUCAGGUGGUGUUAUUGGACAAAAACAAUCUGUCUGGAGGUUUACCAUUGUCCUUGCAAAAUUGCAAAGAGUUAGGGUUUGUAGAUUUCAGUGAGAAUCAUUUGUCUGGCAGCUUAUCCAAUUGGUUGGGAAAUAGUUCAGUUGAUCUUAUUGCUCUCAUGCUUCGCUCAAACAGGUUUAAUGGCAGUAUUCCUCAGGAAAUUUGUCACUUCAAUUCUCUUCAAAUCAUGGACCUUGCAAGUAACAAAUUAUCAGGACCCAUUCCGCGGUGUUUUGGUCCUGAGUGUCAUGGUGAAACAAUACCUUCCUGGAUAUUCGAUUAG